GCUUUCCUCGGUGUUCUUCCAAAGAAAUUGAAAGAUUUUUCUCUCGAUUUUUCAUGUUUUCUUUUUUAAUAUCCGUGGAGCGAAGAGUUUCGGACCAAAAUGCCCUUCCAUGCGAAUAGGAUACAGAAGGAGCAGGAGCACUGCAUCAUGGUCUCCGCCCUCAAGCACGUAAUCUCCGGUGGGAGCAUCAGCGGGCCCACCCCUCAGCACCCGCAGCCAAUGCCUGCCGUCUACAAUGCCAUGUCAUCCGUCUCGACGAGCGGCACCCAGUCGGCGGCGGGCCAACCAGCACAACAGGACCAGGGCAGGCUGGCCUUCUUACUAGACGGGGACACGUGUCGGGUGUGCGGGAUACCAGGGUGUCUGGGGUGCAACUACUUCCCGCCAUCGUUGCCGAAUCAAAACAGGAACCAGCAACUGAGCUUGGGAACCGGGUUUGUCGGGAUGAAUGCGCCAACUACGAGGAAGAGCAAGAACAAGUACAGGGGCGUCAGGCAGAGGCCGUGGGGGAAAUGGGCGGCGGAGAUUCGAGACCCACGACGGGCGAAGAGGAUGUGGCUAGGGACGUUCGAGACGGGGGAGGACGCGGCCAGGGCUUACGACAAGGCCGCCGUCGAGUUCCACGGAAAUAAGGCAAAGCUCAAUUUCCCAUCGGACCCGGGAGGUCACAUUGUCACGACUAACGACAGUUCUAGUAGUGGAACUAGUGCUAAUGCCAGUAUUAAUCCAGGAUUAAUUAAUAAGCAAAAGCAAAAGAAUAUUAGCGAAAUUGAGGUCAUGGAGAAUGAGGAGGAGAAGGUUGAUCAGGUCAAACUCAACCAGGCGACUCAGCCGGAGAAUAUGGAACUGGUGGCGGUGGCGACGGCGAAGAGCAGCGUUGGUCAUGAGGAGGAUGACCAGUUCUUGUUGUGGGACAAUGGCUUGCUCCGAGAUGGUGAAGAUGAUGACUUAAUGGCAUGGUUGUCCAUGAACUAGUGUUUGUGCCUGUUUUUUGCUUGGCGUGACAGUUUGGUGUCGAGCCACUUGAAAUUUUGAAAAUUUUCUUUUGGUUAAACACUUGAAAUUUUAAUUUUUAUAAAUAAAAAUAAAUAAAUUGAGAGUCAAA